GCCUAUUUUAUCGGUUUAUCCGAUUCAUCAUUUAAAGACUUUUUCUACAGGUAUAAUGUGUUAUCCGUUUCCUACGAGCACUAACAAUAUCUAAUCUACAUACCCAAAUUGAUAAAAAAAAUCAUUUGUUUUGUGAUCAUUUUAUGUAAUAUCAGUUGCUCCUUACUGAAAACUGAAUGUGUGAUAGGUGUGAAUGGUGAUAGAAAAUAAUGACUGUUGUUAAUGAGAUCUGUGAGUUGUUGCAGGUGCAUGCUAAUCGCGAUAAGGUAGUUUCGCUUACAUGCUACGCUCUAAAGCUAUGCGGUUCGUCCGGGAAUCGGCCAAGUCUGAUGAAAGCCAGCGCUGGGCUGGCCAGUACACGAGCUACCCUUCGUCUGUAUGACGAUGCGGCAGUGCUGAAGGCAGUUUAUAGUUACGGACUGGGAAAGCAGGAUGGCCCAUUCUGGGGCACGCUGGGAGUGUCAAACGGCCUAUUCACUCUGGCGUACCUGCAAGCCGAGAAGUUAAUGUGGCUCGCCGAUACCGGCUGUCUUUCCCUCGACGAAAAAACCGUCUACAGGGUGAAGGUCGCGCACAAACUGUUCUGGUCGCUGUACACAUUUGUGGGACUCAUAAGGUCUUUACGAGCUCUCCACAUCGCAGCUCAGAAUUUAAACCAAGCUAAGCGUACGAAAUGCGCGCCGCGGCGGUUCCAGUACGCCACGUUAACUACUACCAAGCUGCUGCUGGAUUUUAUCCACGCGGUCACGUGGUUACCACGAGGGUGGUUAUGGGGCGGGGCCGUGCGGACGUCGCACGCCGCGGCGCUCGCCACUGCGGCCGCCGCGCUCGGGAUAGUGCUACACUUUGAGGGGAAGAAGCUUCAACAGCGAUAAACUUGUGCUGAAGAAUAAUUACUCUUGUACGUGUGAUAUUAGUACUGUAGAACCAAUUU